ACACCUUAUCAUAACAAACAAGAUGGCUGAAGUGGAAGCAUCAUCGUCUGCUACGGAGCUCCCUGAAAUUUCAAAAUUGGACGCUGAAGAUGAACCCGCCUCGAAGAAAAUCAAAUUGUCGAAGCCCCCGGAAAAUCCUGAACGGCUGGAGCAGAGACUCGGAGGAAUUUUGUGCUGUGCUGUUUGUCUAGAUCUUCCCAGAGCUGCUGUCUAUCAGUGCACGAAUGGGCACCUGAUGUGUGCAGGAUGUUUCACGCAUGUUCUGGCUGAUGCACGUUUACGGGAUGAAGUGGCAACUUGUCCGAACUGCAGAAUAGACAUCAGUGAAACUCCUCCAUCCAGGAAUCUAGCUGUGGAAAAAGCUGUGAAUGAGUUGCCUUCCGAGUGUCAGUACUGCAAUAAAGAAUUCCCGAGGAACAUUCUCGAGCGCCAUGAAACUACUCUAUGUGAUGAGAGGACAACUGUUUGCCGGUUCAGUCGAAUUGGCUGUCCGUGGCGAGGACCGUUCCAUGAGUCAACUGAGCAUGAAAAGGUGUGUGCUCACCCCAAUAAAUCCGGCCUAGAAGUAAUGGAAGCGCUCAAAGUCAUUGAUACUAAAGCUGAAGAAGAGAAACACCUAUAUGACUCAAUCUUUGAUUUAUUAUCGUACGAAAAAAUAUUUUUCAACGAUUUUCAGCUGAAACCAUUCAGGACAGACGAAUUUGUGCACAAAUUGUAUUAUGAGACGAGUCGCUUUUCAGCAUUUAACAACCAAUGGGUGGUGAAAGCACGCAUCAAUAACAGUCAGCGUGAUCCAACGCUGAGUUCUGAGCGUGACAUAACCUACCAGCUGAUCUUGAAAACAAAGACGACAGCAGUUCUGCCUCUUCAUUUUCUCGUCUUACGAGGACCUUUUGGUGAUAUGAAGGUGAAUGCUGGCAUCCACAAGUUUGAGUUCAAUGAACAAAACAACGAGAGUCCUUACGUACCUUUACCUCUGCCAGACUCUGCUGAAUGCAACCGGCUCUUGGCCUCGAAACGUAUCAAUUUCCGAAUCAUCAUGUUUCUUGCACCAAAGUAAAUCUGCAAAGAAUCUUUACUCCUUCUUUCCUUAACCAAAAGUUUUUUGAGUUGUCCUUCAGACACUGCACCUGUCAUGAUAUCCUAUUACAACAGCCAUUUAGUUCUUUCCGCCAUGACGUUCGUUCCAAAAGGAGUUUCCUGAAGGAAGAAAAAUAAUCCAAGACCUUGCCAGCAUACAAAUCGAAACUCACCAUCCUGUCAAAAAAUCAUCUCCAGUCAGAUUUGUUCGUCUUUCAUUUUUUGACAGACUCGCAGGCUGUCAGAAAGCAAUCAAGGCUAUAAGCUAUAUUUAUAUACCUCCAAUGAACUUGUCUGCUUCAUAAAGUAUCAUCUAAGUUUAAUCAUCAAAAUAUUGCUUCUGUGUAUUAGUAUUCCGUAGUAACCCUACAAGUUUUGUUUAAUUAAAAGCUAUGAGCUUGUUUCAAAGGAAAAAUAUUAUUUUUCUUCUUUUCUUUCAUUAAUUCUGUAAGUAACGACUUAAACUUGGAUCUUAAAGCUUUUUUUAGUUGUUCCAUCACUGAAGUAUCCUUUUUCUUGUUCUUUCUUUUAAAUUUUAUCAGUGUAAAGUGUAAAGUCUAUUUACUUGUUGAAAUUGGUAAUUUUACCCACUCAAAAUUGAUGAGUUUGUUUUUUUAAUGCUUGUUUUUUAUUUUAUCUAUUUAUUUAUUUUUUCUUUUACUCAACGAUUUGCGAUGUUUCUGGAGAUCAGUUGGACUUUAGUUAUCACUGUUUCGACUUAAUUAUCUCAUAUUUUAUUAAAUUUUAUUUGACAAAGACAAGAAGAAAUUUGACUUAUCAGAAAUUAAUGAAUGGAUACUAAAAUUUUUGAACAACUGACUAAGAAUUUUCUAACAGAUGCUACAUGCAGAAAAAGAACUCUUUCUCGUUUUUGUCUUUCCAAAUUUUAGCUCAGAAGAAUUUAUUUGAUGUUUUUGUUUUUAUCAGUGAUCUCAAGUUAUUCUUAUAUUUUUUUUUGUUCUGGUGCUUUUUUGUGUAUUUGCUUCAUCGCAUCUCCAUCAAAUGUAAAGGCCCUGAAAGGCUUGAGCACCAUCUUAAUCAAAUCAUUUACCUCUGAUUUUAUCGUUUUUGGGUCAGGUCAGUUUUUUGCACCAAAAUUUUGAAGCUAAGGAUAUUUGUUUCCUUUAUUAAAGCCAUAUCUACAGCUCACCAGAGCAAUUAUGUACGCUCACUGUAUUUUUCAGUAAUUAUUAAUUGUAUCGAUCCAAAACUUUGUUGCUGUCCUUGUAUUGGACUAAAAAUCUCUUUGCAUAUUUUUGUCCCUUGCAUUCAAACCUAGUUGCAUGCUUGUGAAUAAUAUUAUAUCCUGUGCAGGGAAAUAUUUCACCAUGAGCAAUAAUUAGACUACAUUUCUGAACAUCAUCGGCAUUUUGUCGCGGUCAAGGUAGCAAAAAUAUUUUUAAAAGAGUGGUAAUAAUAUUCUAAUUUCAGUCCGACUGUGUAAAAUUAAGUUUCAUAAAAACUGCCCAGUUCAGAUUAAUGUGCCAAGGAUGAAGGAUGUAAUUCACAAGAAAUCCUUGGAAAGUUAACUUACGUUGAGGAUGAGAGACCUACCCAAAAACAUAAUUUAUGCCUAUUACUUACUUCAAGGGAAGACAAAACAUUUCGUCUUGAUCCUCUUUCCAACAUAAUCUUCUUUUAAUCCAAUAUCGAAGACCGCAAAUUUAUUUAAUUUCAACUUUAAAUUAUUUAAAAAAAAGUAUAUUUAUUCGUAACUGAUUUUAGAUGUUUAUAUAGUUUAUGUAUCAUUAUUUAUUAUUUACUGUCAUAAGUGUAGUAAUAAGUUGUAUUAGAAAUUGGUUCACAAGAAUCAAGCAGAGCCAUAUUAUCCGUAGGUUCGUUCAAAUCUGCCAGGCUAUGCCCCUCUAGCUCCAUUGAAUUAAGCACUAAUUCCUACUCAAGUCUUCUCCUGCAGCAGACCAUUUGCUUUUUUCAAUACAAUCAGUUAUCAUCAUUUGUUCUUUCAAACUUGCAACUUUUAUUUUGUGUUCUGUUUGUCUCAAUAAAUAUUUUAAGCUUUUUUUUCA